AUGCCAUCGCGCCGCAGCCACACGAAGUCCCGCAAGGGUUGUCUCCAAUGUAAACGAAGACAUGUCAAGUGCGAUGAAGGGCUUCCCAGAUGUGGCUUGUGUAGUAAACGGAAGUUGGACUGCACUUAUCCGUCGCCCAGUGAGCCGGAGAGUCAAUAUCCUCUCACUCCACAAGAUGCCAUUGAUAUAGGAUCAGGAUCGGAGGGAUGGCCAUUACAUACGCGAAUGCUGGAGAUGAAGCUCUUUCAUCACUUCCUCAUCGAUGCUUCUAUUACGCUGCGGCAGGAUGUCCUCGAAGCUGGUCACUUCCAGGUGGCUGUCCCACGCCUUGCAACCUCGAAUCCCUUUUUAUUGGAUAUCAUCCUGGCAUUUUCGUCAUUACACUUGGCCUUUCUUGAGCAGGGCGACAGCAAAUGGCUCGAGAUUGCCCUAAAAUACCAGAACCGCGCAUUUACGGCCUUCAAUAGAGUGCUGGCCGAGCUUACCCCCGAGAACUCGGGACCGGCCUUUAUUUGCUCGAUUUUCAUUAUGCUUUGCGCUUUUGCGUACCCUUGUAUUUCACAGGACAGAGACACCUUCGAUCCCAUAUCUCAGGUUUUGGAAAUCCACCGCCUACUGGUUGGCUGCGCUUUUCUCUUCCAACAGCUCGAUCGCAUGGAGGAGCCGGGGGAGAUGAAGGCAUGGUUGGUGUAUAAACGCCCGGAAGUCUUCAAGGAGAGCGGAAUGGUCGAAGGAGGCCACGACGACAACUCAAAACUCGAACAUCUGCGCCGGGAACUAUUGGAAUCUUUGGAGAAGUUCCAGACUGUGAUAGAUUCUAAGCGGGGGCCGCAUCAAAAGAUGUAUAAGCAAAUAUGGGAAGUGCUGCAGGAAAUGAUUAUGGAGUGGCCCAUGGGGAAAGCGAAAGGUGGAAUUCUAGCAUUUCCCAUCCAUAUCAGCGAGGAGUUUAUGUCUUUAUUAAAAAGGGGGGAUUUGGGGCCGUCGUCUGGUUCGCACAGCCUGGGAAAGGGUCAGACCGGUGCGGUUGCGAGUGAGAGUGCUAUUUGUAGUCGGCAUGGCACGGAUAUAAUUAUGAGGGGUGGCAAUGCUGCGGACGCAAUGGUUGCGACGAUGCUUUGUGUCGGAGUGAUUGGAAUGUACCAUAGUGGUAUUGGAGGUGGUGGCUUUAUGCUUAUCAGGUCGCCAGAGGGCGUUUUCGAGUUUGUCGAUUUUCGCGAACCCGCUCCUGCUGCAGCUUUUGAAGAGAUGUUCAACAACAAUACUAAUGCUGCAGUUUACGGCGGUUUGGCAAGUGGGGUACCAGGUGAACUGCGCGGUUUGGAAUACUUACAUGCAAAGUACGGUUCGCUUCCGUGGUCAGUGGUUGUCCAGCCUGCCAUCCAGACGGCCCGAUAUGGAUUCCCUGUGGGUGCAGAUUUAGUUCACUACAUGGAUUCUGCCGUUGGAAGCGGCGAGGAUUUCUUAGUCGAGGAUCCAUCAUGGGCGAUCGAUUUUGCUCCCCAUGGUACUCGAGUUAAACAGGGGGAUAUCAUGACCAGGAAACGUUACGCCAAUACCCUUGAAGCUAUUGCAAAUAAUGGUGCCGAUGCCUUCUACGAGGGACACAUUGCAGAAACGAUGAUUCAAGCUCUUCGAGCGGCGAAUGGCACAAUGACGCUGGAGGAUCUUCGCAACUAUACGGUUGCUAUCAGGGAGGUUGCACAAAUCGAUUACCGCGGGUUUCAAGUCGCAAGCAGCACUGCUCCAUCCAGCGGGGUUAUUGCUUUGAAUAUUUUGAAGGUCUUGGAUACAUAUGAUCCCCUUUUUACUGCGGAUAAUGUCAAUCUUAGCACUCAUCGAAUGGAUGAGGCGAUUCGCUUUGGAUACGGUCUGCGAACAAACCUAGGUGACCCUCUCUUCGUCAAAGGAAUGGAUGAGUAUCAGAAGAAGAUCCUCGAGAUGUCAACCAUCAGCGAAAUUCGUGCAAAGAUUUCAGACCUAACAACACAGAACGUGUCUGUAUACGACCCGGCUGGAAUUGAAAGUCUAGAAACCCCAGGAACCUCGCACAUUACAACCAUCGAUCAUUCAGGUCUUGCAGUCUCUGCUAUCACCACGAUAAACCUCCUCUUUGGGAACCAAAUCAUGGUUCCUGAAACUGGAAUCAUUAUGAAUAACGAAAUGGACGACUUCUCCAUUCCCGGCUCCUCUAACUCCUUUGGAUACGUUCCCUCAGAGGCAAACUUCAUCCGACCCGGAAAACGGCCGCUGUCGUCGUGUACACCAGCAAUGGUCACCCAUCCCAAUGGAACUGUCUUCUUCGUGACAGGGUCCGCCGGCGGAAGUCGAAUCAUCACCGCCACGGUCCAGAACAUCAUUCACGCCGUGGAUGAAGGUUUAUCCGCCGCUGAAAUCCUCGCCAAGCCACGUCUACACGAUCAAUUGAUUCCCAAUCAGGUCGCUUUCGAGUACGCCUACGAUAAUUCGACAGUGGCAUUUAUGAAAUCCCGCGGCCACAAUGUCACCUGGAUGGAACCGGGAACUAGCACCGCUCAGGCGAUUCGCGUUUUGCCCAAUGGGACCUUUGAUGCAGCUGGAGAACCCAGGCAGCUAGACUCUGGAGGUUUCUCGGUUUAA